UGCGGAAGUCAUACAGAGAACCCGGAAAUGUGUUCAGGUUUAGAGUUUUACGUGCUGUUUUCUGACAAAUUGUUAUUUUUGUAUAUUAUGUAAAAUAUAUAUAAAUUAUAUCGGAGCACCAUGAUCAUCAGUUGGUGCUUUAUCUGUGUGUUUGCAGUGCUGAUAAACAAAGUGUCUCUGGAUGUCAAAGUAGUGGGUUUUAAUGGCGGUUCUGUUCUCCUGCCGUGUUCUUCAGCAAAACAUGAUCUUAAACCUCAAGACAUAAAUGUGCUUUGGCGAGACAAAUACAGUGAGACUAUUUAUGAUUUAAUUAAAGGUAAAGAUUCAUUAGACACACAGGAUUCACGUUACAAGAACAGAACACAGACUUUCCCUGACGAGUAUGAGAGAGGAAACUUCUCCAUCAAACUCAGCAAUCUCACUCAUGCUGAUGAAGGAGAAUUCAACUGCUUCAUCACACACUCAUCGUUUUCUGAUAAGGAGACUGUAUGGCUCUUCAUUAAUGAAACUGUAAAUCAAUCUACUGAAGAAGAAAACAAAGUACCAGAAACACAGUCAAGCUGGAUGAAGACAUUAUUAAUCUGUAUUGGCCUUCUUUUAACUUUAAUAAUUGUCCUGUCUGUAGUCUAUGUCAAUUGUUGCAGGAGAAAAAGCUCUCAAGCUCCAAUAUAGAAGGAAAAGUGUCAUACUGAAGGUCCUGUUAUGCACAGAGCGUGUCAGUGGCAUCUGAGCAGCCCGUAUUUUCCAGCACCCAUCUUAAAGGAUUGGUUCACUUUCAAAAUUAAAAUUUCCUGAUAAUUUAUACCCUUUGAAGCUGCACUGAAACUGUCAUUUUGACCUUCAACCUUUGGAAGCCAUUGGAUUCCACUACGAGGAGAAUAAUCCUGAAAAGUUUUCAUUAAAACCUUUAUUUAUUUAUUUAUAUAUUGUCGUGGCCUAACGGUUAGAGUGUUGGCCUUGCAGUCCAAGGGUUGUGAGUUCGAGUCUCGGGCCGGCAGGAAUUGUAGGUGUGGGG